AUGUACGAAGUCGAACCUCUACAGGAGUACGAGCUAGUAUCUCAACUGCGUUUUCCUGGCUGGGAGCAGAAUCAAGCUUUAUGGCCUGCUCCCAUCCCUGAGGCGGGUCGGGCAUGACGGCCUGCUCUCAUUCCCGAGCCUGGUGUGGCUGUAUCGCCAGCGCUGCCUCCACUUCCUCGUCUUCAACGUGCGGACGAUGGCGAGGUUGCUCCUAUUCCUUUACCAGCUGUCGGCCCGUUUGCCGAAGGGGUUAAAGACGAAGAGCAGCCUAUCGAUCAUCGACGCGAGGAGGCUGUUGAGGCUAUCGACAGUUACGAAGAUGACGACCCUGCGGAGCGUGCUCCACCUCUACCUCCUGACAAUGGUCACGAGUACCGGCAUUAUCGUGUCGGUCGCAAUCCCGGUCUGCUCGAGAACAUUGACGAGGGCAACAUUCUACCGGUUCGCACGCGUGCUCAGUGUCGCGUCGCCGCCCUCAGUAUUGUGUCCACGCGCAAGAUCGUUCGUCGCGAACCAGAGCUCGUCGCGUCGUUUUCCACUCGUCACCCACCGCUUUCCAAGACCUUCAAGGACGCGAUGGCUUCGCCCGAGGCCGAGUCGUGGUACGUUGCGUCCGUCAAGGAACCCAACUCCAUGGGCUUGCACAAGCUUUUCAAGCUUUCGAGGCUACCCACUGGGGCUCGUGCACUGGGCUAUUGUUGAGUGUUUACUUGGUAGGAAGACGCCGAAGGCAACAUUGUUGGAAUCAACAAUGAUUCCGAAAAUGAUCAACAAAAGAAGAAAUGGCUGGACCAGGAGUCGAACCUGGGUCGCUUCCAUUAAUCGGAAAAGCUUUGACCUCUAAGCUAUCCGGCCCCUGAUAUCAGUGCAAGGUCUACUAACACCUUCAAUAAACAUCAUCAGAUACAAGGCUCGUCUAGUCGUCCAAAGCUUUGCUCCACGACUGGGGAUCGACUACCACAAGACGUUUGCUCCUGUCUCUUCGAUCACGACGAUCUUGUUCGUCGUCGGCCUCUCUGCCGCUCGCGGACUGAUUCUCGAACAGUGGUCCUGA